GCCACUACGGUCCUGUCAGUGGCCCCUUGAAUCCUGCAUUUCGUGGUCUUUAGCAGCGUCGCAGUUCCUGAAUCGUAUGCUUCAGGUCGGAAGUAUCUAUGGCGUCUCCCUAUACUAGUCGCAUCUCGGGCUCGCCUUCUCUGCUCCGAACGACCACCUCGCCAUCUCGCGUCCCCGUGUUCUCCUCGUUCCAUGCGCAUACUCGCAACCCUUCCAUCUCGCCCCCUUUCGCGUUUUCUCGCCAAAACCCGCUUUCCCUUAACUCACGAUUUGCUGUCCCUUCUGCUCUACGAAACGCCCGGCGGUUUUCCUUAAGAUCCUCAUCCGAGGAUCCUUCUUCCUUCACGCGACGAGCGCUCGCCGUCGCUGCAGUAACUGGCGCAGGCGCGUCCAUUCCUAUUGUGUUCGCUAAUCGCUCACGGCCGUUCGGCAAUAGACUGGAAAACAUUGACGGUCGUUCAUACUAUGUCGUCGAGAGGGGUGACUCACUAUCUGCUAUUUCUCGCACAUUCGGUACUUCAGUGGAUGUGAUUGCACAGGCUAACAACCUGCAGACUCUUAAUAUCCAGCCAGGACAGAGUCUCUGGAUUCCUCGCAUGUACACCAUUCAGAAGGGUGACACACUUUAUGGCAUUGCAAGAAAGUUCUCCACGACCGUGGCUGGAAUUCUGGAGAUCAACAGAAUUGAUGAUCCGAAUGUGAUACAGGCUGAUGACGUCAUUCUCAUCCCAUGAGUUUUCCUUGGUCAAUUUUUUGGUACCUGCAUUGCAUACGUACGCAAUCCAUUUGGCAACUUGUCUGGUGGAAAAUAUAGGGUUACAUAUCAGCCUGUCCGAUAGCAGCAAGCUCAGCACCUUGUUUAGGCUGAAUAGCGGCUGUGAAGCUUGCCACAACUUCCAGCACUGCUGAAAGCAGAGAAGCAGUACGGUAAUGACUGGCUUUCCAGCAGAAGAUGCCAGUAUGGCCUGUAAAUUUGCCCUUCCAAUUGGACUUCUCUCUGAUGCCGUAUGAGUUCUUCCAGGUCUGGGUGCAAGUUGGUUGCGGUACAUGACGUCAUUGUACAUGAAAAUAAUAAAAUGAUCUGUAC